GAAGGGCAUCUCCUGCACAGUUCAUGCAAAUCGUGAUGCAUCAUUCACCUUGCUCCUUGGACGUUUCAAGUCACUGCUUGCAUUUUGCAGAGGUUGAGGACGCACAGGCAAGCUGUGCCGCUCUCCUCAAAACACUUUGAUCUGAAGCUAGAUGUGUAAGUGAAAGGAAGAGCUUGAAAUCCACGACUUACUUCCCACAGUUUGGGAGACAGAGGGAUCAGAGGUUGAAAGUUGUCUGGGGGACGGGGCCUUUCUCGAGCGUUUUGGUUGUCACAAUGUCCUUGCAAAGUUUACGUCUAAGCACUACUGGGGAGACGAGCCCCAUGUUUGCAACCUUUCAGAAGGCCCCAGAUCAUUAGGUGGUUUGAAGGCUUUUGAGAAACUGAACAGAGAAGAGGUGGAGGAACAAUGUUCAGCCGUUUCAAGAGGAAGCAGGGGUCUAAGGCCCCUGAAAAAUUUGAGUUCCGCUUCCAGUUCCAAGCAUCAGGGGUCCCCGUCAGCGGCUAUGACAGGCUGCUGGUUUGCGUGGUGGCCUCUGGGAAGGGCAAGUCCGCCGCCAAGACGCAGAAGGCGCCAGUGCGGAAUGGAAGUGUGGCGUGGCAGGAGACUGUGGGGCUUCGAGUGAAACUCAGCAGGGACAGAAAGGGGGGGUGGUACGACGCCGCACCGUACCGCUUCGUGGUCUCAAGCAGCUCCAGUCGCAACGGCGUAUUGGGAGAGGCGAGCCUCAACCUGGCGGACUGCAUCGACUAUGUGCAAAAGGAGAAGUCGCUGCUGCUGAUGAAUGGCUCCGUAGCUGGGGGGACUGCUCUACAUAUUACAAUCACUUGCGCCAACUUGGGUCCCAGAGACCCCAACGACUCCGCAAGCAGCGUCGAUGACGAUGGAGCUAGCGAGGAAGAUCAGUCCAUGGACUACAGCGAGAGCGUGUCGGAGGCCAGCGUGGAGAUGUCCGGUCGAGGGCGGGAAGGCAUGGUUCCUCCUUACGGAGUUAAGGUCCCGGUGGGAGUUUCAGACGAUGCGCGGGGCAGCCGGCUCUCGCAGGAGUCACGGGAGUUGCCCGAUGCUCCCGUGCAGCCAAGAACGGUUCUGCAACCCACGAGGCCCACCGGGAGGGACCCACGCAUGGCUCGCUAUGACGCGUACGCAUUGAACGGGGAGUUGCGCAACAGUGCGCCGACGCUGGCGCCAAUCCUCAUUGCCAAUCAGCCGGACGUUAUUCGUAGUGUGGGCCGAUCGCUGGGAGUGCCGCAUGCAUCAGAGCGCUCGGGGCCCGCCAGCUCCAACCCCUAUGCUCAGACAGGGCCUCCCAGGGGAUCCUACGAUGAGGACGAGGGUUUUGCACACGGUCUGGAGAACGACCCUGAUAGACCGUCCUGGUCCGGGUCCGGCGACCGACCAUCCCGCUCCGGGGGUAGCUUCACCGGGGUGCUCCAAAACGAGCGCGAGGAACCCCCCCCGAACAGGCGCCGCAGCCUUGGGGGGGCGGCAGAUCCCCUCUCAGUCACCCCCCCUACCGCGGGAUCACAGCAGCGGGCCAGCAAAGUCAAGGAGCUCGCGGCGCAGUUCCGGGAGAAGGAGCUCGAGAGCCCGACCUCGUCCGGGGGAUCCCCCGGCGCAGGCCCCCAAGGGGACAAGCCCCAGGCACGCUACCAGGUAAACACCGAACGGUACGUCGGCAGGGGGCUUGACCGGCGCGAGGUUCCUUACACCGGGCGGCCGAGCUUAGACCAUUCGGCCUCGAGCUCGUCCCUGAAAAGCGACCAGGGUUCGUACUCUCAGCGGGGGUUCGGUGACGCCUCGUCGCAGAGGGGGCCCGGAGAGGCGUCUUCGCAGCGGGGGGGCGACUUCGGGCCGUCCCAGAGGGGGGUGGCCGCAGACGAGUUCCGCAGCUUUUCGGCGACGAAGCUGCGGACGUUCCGGAGCGAGCCGGAGCUGCUGGCGGAACUAGAGCGGAGGGAGGUGGAGGUCGAGGGGCUGCGCGCGCAGAGCGAGAGCUGGCAGCGCAGCGCCAAGAACUACGCGGCGGAGAACGAGCAGCUGCGCACGGAGAUGAAGGUGCAGAUCCAGUACACGGACGAGGCGGGCGCCGAGGCGGACGAGGCCGCGCGCGAACGGGACGAGGCGCGGGCGGAGCUUGAGAAGCUGCGCGAGAUGGUGGCGCACACGCAGGAGCAGGAGGACCGGCAGGCGACGGCGCAGUGGGAGGUGGACGACGCGCGGCGCCACGUGGAGGAGCUCGAGGAGGAGAUGGAGCAGCAGAAGGAGCAGACCGAGUACCUCAAAGUGCAGCUGGACAAACUGACCGAGUCCAAUCAGAUGCUGGUGGAAGCGGUGAAGGACUACGAGGAGCAAACCGACGCCAAGGAAGCCGAGGUCCAGGCGCUCAAGAAGCAGCUACAGUCUGUGGAAGCGGACCUCUCGCUUCGGUCCGAAUCGACGCCGUCCGAACUCCUCGCCAGGAUUGCUGCUCUGGAGGCCGAAAACAGGGCCUUUGCAGCCCAGGCGGCGAGUUUCUCGGACGCUUCGGACGCCGUAAAGGGCGGUUCGGACGCCCGUAAGGUUUUCGUGGACGCUGAACGGAGUGCUCUGGCGGGGGGAAUGGCCACCCUGGUCGCUGGAAAGGGCCUUUCGGACGCCGGACAGGAAGGUUCGGACGAUGCUCGGACGCUCCGGCGGCGCGUCGCGGAGUUGGAGGCGGAGGCGUCCGAACUGACGGAGGAGAGCAUGAGGCUUGCGGGCGAUCUGACGAGCGCGCAGGCGGAGGCGCGGCGGCACGAGGCGCGCGUUACGGAACUAGAGCGGGGACUCUUGCUGGGCGCCGCCGGUAAACGUAUGGAGGAGGCGGCGGAGACGAUCCUGAGGCUGGAGGAGGAGGUCGCCGUGUUGCAGGCCGAGUUGGCGUCCGAAAAGGAGACGCCGUCCGAGUGGGGGAGCCCCCGGGACCUGGCGGAAGAACUAGAGGCGGCGCGCGCGACGGUCCACGCGCUCGAGGGCGAGCUCGAGAGCGCCCACGAGACGAUUCACCAGUUGGAGUCCCGGGUGGAGACGCCGAGGGCUGUGGGCGAGGAUCAAAUUACGGCGCUGCAGGAACGGGUGGCGACGCUGGAGGCUGACUUGGCGAGCGCGCGGGAGGGCCGGGAUAACGUCACGCGGCAGUACGACCGGCUGAAGCAGCUGUUGGACGAGGACAACUCGGAGGAGAGGAUUGAGGAACUGGAGAAAGAGAACCAAGAGCUGCAUGCGCGGCUCGCAAAUCCUCCCGCCAAGCCCCCGGGGACGCCCCCGACCGAACUUCUGGCGCAGAUCAAGCUCCUGGAAGCCGCUCGAGAGAGUCUCACCGGGCAGUUGGCCGACCAGACGCAGGAGGCACGUUCCGCCCGGUUGGAGCUCGAGACCCGGUUGGAGAAGGCGGAGCUGGAGAGGACGGAAGCGGAAGAGAAGCUGAAGAGCCUCCAAGCGGAGAUGCAGCUGCUUGAGGGCUCGGGGAGCGCGGACAAGGAGCAGGACGCGGUGGCCGAGUUCAAGGGGCGGCUGCAGGAGGCGGCGGACCACUCCCAGCAGCGGCUGGACGCCACCCUGGAGCGCGUGCACCAGCUGGAGGAGCAGCUGAAUCGGCAGAGCUUCCUCGUCAGCAAAGCGGAGGGUACUGCUUUCGAGGCGGACGAGCGGCUCAAACUCGCACAGCUCGAGUUCACUGAGAAGUCGCGGGAGAUGGUUGAGGAGCUGGCGGCUCUUGAAGACGCGCUCGAGCAGGCGCAGUCCGAAAAGAAGGGGUUAGAGUCUAAACACGUGUUGACCCUGCGCGCCCUUGAGAUGCGGCACGGCGAGAAAGAGCAGGAACUGCAGCGGAAACACCUCGCCGAGUGGGGAGAGCUGCACUCCGCGAAGCAAGAGUUGGAAGCGAAGCACGAGGAGGUGACCGGGUUGAGAAGCGGGUUAGAGGAGCGGGUUAGCGAGCUCGAGAAGGAACUGGAACAGCGGGUGGGUCAGCUGGAGAAGGAGAAGGAGGCGCUCGAGGCGGAGUUAGCGGCGCAGAGGGCGGGGUUAGCGGACCAGGUUAGCGCCGAGAAGCAGCAGUACGAGGAGAAGAUCGAGGGGUUAGAGGCGGCGAUGGCGUCGGUUACGGCGCAGUUGAACGAGUCGCUGCGCGUGGAGAGUCAGAUGGCCAAAGAGUACGCGGGCAAGGAGAAUGCACUUAAGGACGAGGUUAAGACAUUGGAGGAGCGGGUUAAGGAGCUAACCAAGGGCUCGGACGAGUCCGAUGCGUCUGGAAAGGAAGGAGCAGAGAAGGUGCGGGUACUGCAGUCGCAGCUGGACGAAGUUACGGCGGAGAUGCGGUACAAGGUGGAGGAAAACGAGGAGCUGAACGCGCGCAUCGAGGAGUUGCACUCGCUAGUAGAGGACGCGCAGGCGCAAGCGGACGAGUUCCGGCGACGGGCGGAGGACCUCGCCGCCGAGGUAGCAGGUCACGAGGCACGCAUAGCCGAGGUUAGCGGGCGACUAGAGAAGGCGGUGACAGAGCGGGCGAGCCAUGAGGAGAAGGCCGGGAGUCUGCUGAAGGAGGUGGAGAUGCAUAAGAGCAAGGGUUUGGAGCUGGCUGCGCUCCUGGAGGAACACAAGCAACAGCUGGCAGGCAACGAGGGCAAGGCUGGCACAACGAGCCGCGACCUGGCAGCAAGCACGGCGGCAAUGGGCGCAGUAACAGGGGCCAUUGGGGCAGGGGACCGGGCCACUACACCGAAAGAGAGCCAGCAGAAGAUCAAGAAGCUUGAGUUGCAGGUGGCGAAGCUGACGACCCAGAUUGAGGAGCAGGCUGCCGCGAAGGAAGCCGUGCACCGUCGGAUGAGCUUUGCGAUGCAGGAGGGUGCGCUGGCAGGGGUUAAGGUUCAGGGGUUAGAGGAAGAGAUCGAGCGGUUAACCAAGGAAACGGAAGAACACGUCAAGGAGAAAGAGGAGCUGAAAGGACAGCUGGCGAGCGCUGAGACCGCCAAGUCAGAGUUGGAAAGCAUGCUGCGGGAGUUGAGGGAGACCCAUGACGGGUUAUCGGAGGUUAAGACGCGGUUAGAGGAGGAGCACCAGGACUUAAGGGGUAAGCACGAGGAGUUGACCGUUUCGAAAGAUGCUGCGGUGAAGCGGCACGAGGAAGAGGCGGUGGUCAGCGAGGGGUUAAGAAAGUGGGUUACGGAGCAGGAAGGUGUGGUCGGCGGGUUGGAAAAGGAGGUUAAUAGCAUAACUGCGGAGCUGAGCGCCCAAACCGAACGGUGCAAGGCGUUUGAAGGGGAGGUUGCGGAGAAGGAGAGUUUGGUUAAGGAGCUGAAAGGCCGGGUUAGCGAAUUAACAGUGCUUGUCGAGGAAACGAACGAGGAGAAGGCUGCUGUGGCUGCGGAGUUGACCCAAUCCUUGACCAAGAUUCAGCAACUAGAGUCGGAGGUUCAGACGUUGACUGGCGACUUGGACACGGUCCGAAAGGAGUCCAGCGAGCACUCGGCCGCCAAGUCGGAUUUGGAGACACGGCUAGGCGCUCUUACGGGCGACCACAAGGGGCUGACGGCGCAGCUGGGGCUGCUGACAUCACAGUUGCAUCAGCACGCGAGCAGCAAGCAGGAGGUGGAGGCGCGCGCAUUGGACCUCGACACGGAGAUGAGCGAGUUGCAAGAGAGGCUGGGCCAGUCGGAAGAGGCGCACAAGGGGGCGCUGGACAGGGUUGCUUCGCUAACCGCGGAGUUAGCCGCGGCACAGUUGGCAGCUGCGGCGGCAACGAAGAAGGGUGCAGAGGCCGAGACAAAGUUGAGGGAGAAAGUAAACGAACUAGAGGGAGAGAGAAGUGCGCUGGCUGCAGAGCUCGAGAGCGUUCGGGCGCACGUUGCGGAGCUCGAGAGUGACGUCAGCGGGUUAAGGGAGCGGUUAGCAGGUGCGGAGGCUGCUCAUGUGGGGGUGUCGGAAAGCAAGGCGGCUGUGGCCGCUCAAUUGAGCGCACUCCAGGCCUCAUUUGCAGUUCUGGAGAGGGAGAGCCAGAAAGCGGAGGCGGGGUUAAAUGAAAAGGUCAAGGAGCUCAUGGAAGAGAAGGAAAGCUUAGGUGCUCAGAAAGAGAGCCUGAGUGCCGAGGUCGAGCAUCUGAAAACGGAGCUGUCGCGCUCGCACGCGGAUAAGACAGCGGCGGUCGAGCGGCUGGAAGAGGAGAUGCGCACGUUGCACGAGAAGUUCCAGGCGGGGGCGAGCGACAAGGAGAAGACGGUCUCGGAAGCGCUGAUGUCAGCAACGACGGUGCGGGCCGAGAAAGCGGAACUAGAGGAGCGGCUCAGGAAGUACGCUGAUGACGAGAAGGAGUUGCAGGGGGUGGUUAGCGAGUUGGAAAAGUCGGUUAAGUCGCUUGGGGCGGAUCUGAGUGCGGCCAAGGAGAGGGAGGAAGGGUUAGAGGAGAGGGUUAGGGGACUGGAAGCUGACCUCAAAGAAGCGAACGAGCAGCUGAAUGGAGCGGAACUAGUCGCGGCGGAGAGUAGGGAAAAGUGGCGAGGGGAGAGGGAAGAUUUGAACAGGAGCCUGGAGGAGGCGGUCAGGAAGGCGGAACGAGAGGCGGCGGAAAAAGGAGACGGCUGGCGAGUGGAACGGGAACGGUUGGAGGGGCAGAUUACCACUUUGAAGCUAGAGGGGGCAGAAACAAUGAAGAAAACGGGUGCCGAGAGGGAAGAACUUGAAAGGAAGUUGGGGGAAGUGAUAGCAAAAGCAGAGGCUGACACUGACGAAAAGGAGAAGGCUUGGAAGUCUGAGCUGAUGAACAAAGGGGAAGCGUGGGGUGCAGAGAGGAGUGCGCUCGAAGGAAGGCUAGAGGAGUCUGCUGCCGUGGUGUUGGCGCUGACUGCGGCCAAGGAAGCUCUAGAGGUUCGGGGAAAAGAGCUCGGGGGGCAGGGGGCGGCGUUGCAGAAACAGGUUGACGAGUUGUUGGAAGAGAAGCGAGCUCUGGGGGGGCAGGUUGGGAGCCUUACUGAUACCCUCGAAAAGGAAAGCAAAGCCCAGGGGGAGAGGAUCAAAGUGCUGGAAGCUGAGUUGGAAAAGAAAAGUGCGGAGCUUGCGAACGUUGCGAAGGCGUCAAUCGAGCUGCAGCGCUCGAUUGACGAACUAAGCAGCGCGAAACAAGAACUAGAGUCGGAGGUAGACGUGCUCAAAGCGUCUCUGGAAAAGGAAAGCAAGGCACGGACAGGGGUGGAGACCGAACUAGGGGCGGCGCAAAUGUCGCUGAAAGAGACGGGCGGGGCGCUGGCAAAGGUGCAGCAGGAGUUUGCGGCUAUGGAAGCGGAGAAGCGGAAGGUCGAGGCGGAUCAUCAAGAUUCCGGGAAAGAACUUCUUGAGCUUGUAAGGGAGAAGAGGGGGUUGGAGGCGAGAGCGGUCGAGGCGGACAAAGAGAGGGCGGCGCUAAACGAACAGGUGGCGGGGCUGGAAACGCGGGUCGGGGAGCUGACGUCACAGCUGGCGGAAGCGCGGAGUGCCGUGGAGGGACUGCAGCGGGAGAGGGAGGAGCUCCAGCAGGGGAUUCAUGGCGCCGAGCAGUUAAGAAAAGAAGCCGACUCUGGGUACAGUGAUAAAGCGAGGGCCCUCGAGGUCGCCGCCGCGACAGCGGCAGCUGCCGCAGCGUCACAGUUUGCGGCACUGCAAAAAGAGCACCACGCCCUGCGGUCCGAGCUCGAAACCAAGCACGCUGACCUCAGCACUACCGCCGCUGAGCUGGCGCGGCACCAGGAGGAACUAGAGGCGGAGCGAAAGGCGUCCACGUCCGUCGGGCGCGAGUUGACUGAGCACCGGACGCAGGCGGCGUGCGAGACGGAGAAGCUGCGCGCGGAUCUGGCGGAAAAGAGUGCGGACGUGGACCGGUUGGGCGCUGACGUGGCGCGGGUGAGCGCUGAGCUGGCGGGGGCGCGGGCUGAGCUAGAGAAAGCGUUGGAAGGCCGCGCAGCCACGGAGCGCCAACUGGCAGAAUCGACGGCUGAGUUGAAAUCUCAGAUGGCUGCGGUGCUGGCGGCUGCGGCAGCGGAGAAGGAAACGGCGGUCAAGGAACUAGAGGCGGAGAUCAAAAGCCUUAUAGAGGGGAUGCAAGCGUCGAUUGCGGCAUCGACGGCGGAGCUGGAGCGCGAGAUCGAGGAGUUGAAAGCGACGGUUGAGAACGAGAAGGCGAGCGCAAAGCGGUUGGCGAUGCAGGCAGCGAACAGCGCUUCCGUAGAGUCGGACGAGUUGCGGGACGAGAACUUCGAGCUGAAGCACCGGCUGAUCGAACUAGAGACGGAGCUCAAAUCCGUCGGCGGGCGGCGGUUCAGCUCGGGCGCACCCCCCGACGACGGGAACGCUCUCUCGGAGCUGCGCAUGAAAGUCACGAUGCUCGAGACGGAGCUCCAGAACAAGACCGAACAGCUGGCGGGCGCCGAACGUCGGUUGCAAGAAGCCCGGGAAGAGGGGGUCAUCUCCCCGGCGAAUCGACCCGGGGUUUCGCGCAGUGUCUCUCUGAUUACCCGCGGCGUCACCUCGGCGGAGCCCGCGCUGCUAGUCAGCCCUAGCGGCCGGUCGUUACUUUCCCCGGGCACUCGGAGGACGUUCGCGCAGAGCCGGAACGGCCGGGCGGAGUCCCCGGGGGAUCCCCCCGAGAGCCCCGGGUCGCCGGCCGCGAUGGAGGCGAAGCGCGCGGAUCUGCAGCACAGGGUGAAGGCCCUGGAGGGCGACCUGAAGAAGGUGAUUGGGCUGCUGGAAAAGGCCAAAAAGGAGGCGGUUGAGCGGGAACGAGGCCUCCUGGCGGAAGUGGACCGGUUGCAGGCGGCCAACGAGCAGCUGGCACGUGGCGGCUUCGACCUGGGCAUGGACCAGCUGCGGUCGGAGCUGCUACGGCUGCAGAACCAGAACGCGGCGCUCAUGCGCAGCGAGCGCGAGCUGCAGUCGCAACUGGGCCUGCAAGAGGUGCUCGAGGAAGAGGUGCUGCGCCUGCAGGAGUCGCAACUGGGCCUCCAAGAGGUGCUCGAGGAAGAGGUGCUGCGCCUGCAGGAGGCCAACGACGACCUCUUCCAAAAGAUCAGCCUGUACCGCCAGUACGGCGAGCGCGCCAAGACCAUCGAGCGGCUUCACACUCUGGAGAUGGAGCUGCAGGAGGCGGCGGAAGCCAACAUGAUGUACAAGGAACAGCUCAAGGCUGCGCUGUCGACGCACCAGAAUGUCGCGCAGGCCGCGUUCGGGAACAUGGGCGGCGACGUGGACGUCAUCCUAGAGGAGCUCAAAAUGAAAAAGCAGCUCGCGAGGAGGCUGGAGAGCGAUCUGCAAGAUUUACAGCAGCGGUACACGAGCCUCAGUUUGAAGUGCGCGGAGGUGGAGGCGCACCGGGAGGAGGUUGUGCAGGAGUUGAAGCGGUUGAAAGGUGGCGGGGGGCAUAGCAAAAAGCCCAGCCGAUAGGGCCUGCAAACCGGUUUUUAUUUGAGAUUGCACAUUGUAUCAUGGAUUGGAAAGUAACUUUCUGUUUAACUGCUAGGAAACACUUCGUACGUCAGCAAAGCUGUACAGACUAUAUCAACCAAGUAACUAUCAACCAAGUAACUAUUAUCCGGGCGAGCAUUAGCAGAGUCGACCACGUGUUGUCACGGCACUCAGCAAAGGAUCCGUCUUUUGAUCUUCGACGGGUUUUGUAACAAGCCAUCAUUUCCUAGUCACUCGAUCCGGGCUCAGCGAUGAUUCCCC